AUGGCCUCCAAGCGAGCGCGGCAUGAUGCUACUGAUGAAGAAGGUGAACAAAAUGUGCAUCGUAAACGAGAUUCAGACACAUGUCAAUGUGAUAUUGGUAAGGACACAGUAUUUAUAGAUAUUCCUACAAAGAUCAUCAAUGGAAUAAACUUUGCGCUUGACGCUCUUAUUAAGGAAGAUUGCUUUUUACCUUCCAUUACCUUGACACCACUCAAAAUUUUAAUGUGCAACGGGGCGGAUAAACAUGAAGGAUUUCCGUUUUCCAAGGCAUAUUGCAGCACGGACAUGUAUGACACGGACUAUGCAUUUGGAACUGUAUUCAGAAAGGGUAUAAACAUGCUGAUUGACAUGUUUCAACGACGUACCCCGGGAAAUCGGCAGCACAGAUUCGUUUUGAGCAGACUGUUGCAUUACUUGAGUGACAUGGUGAAUAACGACUUGGAGUCAUUGGAAGCUGAUAACCUGACAUCUUUAAAGGAGACACAGCUGUCUUCUGUACUAGUAAAUCAUCUUUUUGGGAAGUUGUCAGCCUCCUCAUCAUUUGUAAUCGACAAGCAAUGCAAAGGAAAAGAAGAAUGUCGGAAAAAUAACAAAGAAAAUGUCCCAUGUCCGUGUGGAGGUGAAGGGUGUCAACUUUCUGGAUAUUAUGGAGACACAAGUAUAGGUAAUGAAUUGGUUUGGCAUGGGAGAGUGGACACCCUUGUUAAUAAUGAAGUGAUUGUGGACACAAUAGUAGAUGAUGACGAUUCAAGUCGUAGUCCUGGAGAAAACUCAUCUGUGGAAGAGAAAAUGAGAUCUUGGUCCUUGAUAAGGAGUCACCAAAUAAUUGCAGAAACCAUUGUCUUCUCGUUUCUUAAAAAACAAAGGAACCGAGAAAAGGAUGCAUUCCUUUUUCCUUGUGUUGCAGUUUCAGAUCAGGACAUGGUAAUUUAUUUCUAUGAUUCGUUUCAUGAUAUUCUUUUAGAAAGUUCAAAAAUUCCUUUGCAUGGUGUUUUAACGGGCCCUGUAACUGGAUCAGUGAACUUGAUUGCUGUGUUGGUUUCCUGGCUUGUGGUUAACCAUAAGUACCUGUGUGAUGGUGUUGUAGAAGAAAUGAAAACCACAAGAGCUGGAUUUUUCUCACAGGCAGGAUCAAAACUCAGAAUUUAUGAAAAAUACAUAAAACUUGGAGAUGUUGGAAAUGCAUCUCGGGUGUCGCACGAUGCCACGGAAAAUGUAUUUAGGAAACGACAUAUAGAUCCUGAAAUGAUAGAGCGAAAGCAAUUGAUUAGAACAAAGGAUAACUAGUUAUUUGUUAUUGAGGCACACACAUUUACAUACUGUUUCCAGACGAAUUGUGAAACCAGUCAUUUAGAUUGGUGUGUUAAUGACUACAUGAUUAAAAAUAAU